CCCGGAAUAAGAAGUUCUCCAGAGGGGAAUUAUUUCGCGAUGAUGGCAAGUUUUUCUAGAACGCAACAAACUUCAUGGAUGUUAUCAAAGCAGCACCUUCCAGAUUUUUCAGUGCGAGUUGAAUUCAAUUAUACAUCCACUGGAAGUGGCGAACUAUUCUUUUCCUAUGGCCAGGGAGAACCAGUUAAAUGGUUCACCCGAUUCUAUACUCGGGGUGAUAAUGGAAUAUGGAAGUCCUCCAGUGUCGUAAUACCAGCAGGUCUAAGAACGUUUUAUUACUUUACUGGGCGUAUCGGUGGAAUGAAUGGAUUUGGAACAGUAGCAGUUGACAACGUUCGAGUAAUACAAAUCUAAGACGGAC